UCAGAAACCAAAACGAGCUCUACACGUGCUGAAAUCGCCAGGAAUCAAACCGCCAAAGACGAAUCAUUAUUCGACCAGCCAUCACCAUGCUGCCACUAGCUACAGCACUCAAUCGUCAACAGCACCGAGUACGCCAAAAGCUGAUGGAGAGGGGCCGCGACCCCCAGUCUCGACUCCUCCUGACGCUGACGACGCGCAUUUCUCUUUGGUCGAUAUCACUCCUGGUCAGCAUCCGAAAUUCAUUGGAGAUGUGCCAAGACGAACGCACAAAAUAGUUCCACGUAAAGCGCAAAGAUCCGCCACGACCACAACGGUGCUGCCGGCUGCUGUGUCAACCACACCUUCUACGGCACCACCGCUUCAUCCUCGAAGGCCACCACCGGUGAACUCGUCCCCUUCAAAUCGAUCGCCUCAGACACCUGGUCGUCUAUCUGCAGACCACACACCGUCCGCCUUCGUGUUUCCGUCUGUGGACGCGCAACAUUCGCCACCGCCUGCACUUCCUCCACGCUUGUCGGCGACUACUACACCUGCCGCCAUGUCAAAUAAUGACAACUUCGAGUUACCGUCCAGCGAGUCUAAUUCACCAACAGUUCGUUUAUCCGUGCCAUUACCGCCAGCAUUACCGCCUCGUCGCGGUACUGCAGCUCAGCAAACUCCGCCUCCUUUGCCGCCCAAAACGCGUAUGACCAGCAGCCCGUCAUUACAACGUGCGACUGUGCCACCUUCAUCACCGGACACACCGCCACCGUUGCCGCCGAAGACGUACAAGACACGAAAACCGAGCGACAGUCCGACGAUACGUCACCUCCAAUGA